AUGCCGUCUGUUGCCACCCUCAUUCAGGGCGUGGCUCUUGCUACAUCCGCAUAUGCUGUCGAUCCUGCUGCGGUCUAUAGCGGUGGCUAUACCUCUUCCAGUGACGUCUUGCUUCGAAUCGGCAAUGGCGGCGCCGGGCAAAGCGGUCUGAUUGAAAUCCUCGCCAACGAGUUCAUCAAGUCCAGUGUCAGCAACGGCUCCAAUCCCUUCAAAGUCGCCUGGUAUAAGAGCGACACCACCGAGUCCAUCAACUACCUCAAGGACGACACCGUCGAUAUCGGAAUCACGUACACCCCAUCAGCCGAGCAGAUCGCCAUCAAUCAAGGCAUUGCAAAGUCCCCCGCAUGGUACGCCUGGCGCGACCACUUCCUCCUCGUCGGUCCGCAGUCCAACCCAGCCAACCUCUCCAAGAGCGAAGAUAUCAGCACCAUGUUCUCGAAUAUCUAUGAAACCGCCGAAGAAGGAACUUCAGACCCACCCGUGCGCUUCCUCACGCGCUACGACAAGUCCGCAACAAAUAUCAAAGACUCUCAGUUGUGGAUUGGUAUCGGUCAAGUCCCCUGGGCUACUGCUUACUCUAAAUGGUACCACCAGUACAUUGCGUACCCAAUUCAGGCUUUAACUGCUGCUAUCUUGUUGGAUGAGUACACCAUCACUGAUCGUGGUACUUAUCUUUCCAUCUCUACCGUGCUGCAGAACCAGACUACCAUCUAUAAGGCAGCUACUGAUGAAGCCUCGGACCCGCUUCUUAACCCUGCUCAUAUGCUUGUUGGCAAGAAUGCUAAGAAUGAGAAGACUGCUGAUCAAUUUGUGCAGUGGGUUAUUAGCGAUGAGGGCCAGAACGUUAUCACUGGUUUCAAGAAGAAUGGUCAGCAGCUAUAUACCGAGGCUCCUGCCAACAAGACAGCUCCGUUCUAG